GAUACAGCCGGCACCCUCCCGCACCCUCGCCUGGGCACCAGGACAGCCAGCGGGCAUCACCCCCCGGUCCGGGUGUCCUUAGCAAGCGCUCUUCUUCGCUGGUUCCCGUCGGCGAGAUUGAUCGCGAUCCAAAACAACAGUAGCCGCAUGCAACUGCAUCCUUUGGGGAGGCCGAGGGCAGAGCUGUGCGAAUGAGUAGCCAGGAGGCCCAGAAGGCGGGGGAGGCUGCCCCUCCAGUCUCCAAGGCCGCCAUGUCCUCACCCCAGCCUGUCAAGCCGGAGCGGGGUCAGGACUCCGACCCGCAAGAGGUUCCCUGGCCAGACGAUACCAAAGAGACCCAGAACAACGGCAAGGACAGCGACGGCCACCUCCCUGCUGAGAUCUGCGUCGUCAUUGGCGGUUCCCGAAACUCCCAGACUCUUGGGUCCUAUGUCUGUGGAAUAUGUGGAAAAAAGUACAAGUAUUACAACUGCUUUCAGACACAUGUUCGGGCUCACCGAGCUCUUUCGGCAGAGACAGAAACAGGAUCUGGGGAGGGAGGUUCGCAGGGUCUGAACAGUAAUUUCCGGUAUGCCUGUGACAUCUGUGGAAAGAAGUAUAAAUACUACAGCUGCUUUCAGGAGCAUCGGGACCUGCAUGCUGUGGAUGAUCCCUAUGACCAGAACGUUAUCCCAGUGGACGACCUAAAAGAGGAGGAGCAGGCGGAACCUUUCCAAAAAAUAGGACCAAAAACGGGGAAUUACGUUUGCGAAUUCUGUGGAAAACAGUACAAGUACUUCAAUCCUUACCAGGAACAUGUAGCUCUGCACGCACCUAUCAGUUGGUCCCUUGAGAUGCGAGCACCUCGUUCACAACAACAUCCAGCAGGCAGCAUCAAGCUUGGCACACCAAAAACAGAACACAACCAAAUAGAAAGUGCUUUUUGCCGAAAAAUGGAAGGCAAAGUGCAAAACAACGUGGAGGAGACCAACAGCUCACACAAUUCAAGUGGUGGGACAAGUCCUGUGGUCUCCAGCCCUUUUCCACUCCUACAAAAACCGUACACAUGCGGAGCCUGUGGCAUUCAGUUUCAGUUUUACAACAACCUGCUGGAGCACAUGCAGUCCCAUGCAGCGGACAAUGAAAAUCGCAUCAAAGUGGAACAGCCCAAAUCCUCUCCUGCCCCAGCAGCUCAGGAAAAGCUUUGGAAACCCCCAGCUCAGAGAAAUCACACCACGAAUUCCAACAGCGUCUUACCUGAGAAGGAGAGGCAGCAGGUUGCAGAGAGACUCCUGAAAGUGAUGUACGCCGACCUCGGGGCGCUCAGCAUCCUGAACGGGAAGGACUUCAUGAAGCUGGCGCAGACCCUGGUGGACACGGGGGCGCGGCACGGGGCCUUCUCCGUGCGCGACGUCCUGGGAGACAUGAACACCCUGGCCCUGAAGCAGCUGCCCCGCAUGUACAACCAGGUGAAGGUGAAGGUGACCUGCGCCCUCGGCUCCAACUCCUGCCUGGGCAUCGGAGUGACGUGCCACUCUCAGAGCGUGGGGGCCGACUCCUGUUACGUGCUGACGGCCUACCAGGUGGAGGGCACCCGCAUGAGGCGCUACGUGCUGGGCGUCAAGGAGGUAGACUUGAGGGAAGGCGGGGAUCAGGUCCACCACUGGGUGCAGAACGUCCUGUCGGAGUUCGUCAUGUCGGAGAUUCGGACCAUCUACGUGACGGACUCUAGAGUGGCCUCCACGCCGUUCUCCAAGGCCGGCAUGUGCCUGCGUUGCGUGGCCUGCUCCCUGAACGCGGUGGUCCAGAGCGUGCUCAAUAAGAGGAGCCUGCAGGCCCGGGGACUGCACGAAGUUGCCGAUCUGUUGAUCACCUGCAAGGACAUGGCGGGUUCUGCCGGCUUCUCCCGAGAGACCUUUGGCUCUCUGCAGGAGGUGCUGUUGCCUCCCUGCUGGGACUCCCUCACUGAGUCGCUGCUGCUGGUGAACGAGCGCUACGAGCAGAUCUGCGAGUUCUACAGCAGGGCCAGAAAGACGGCCCCCCUCCAGAGCUUGAACAAGCACCUGCUGAGCAACCUGGCGGCCAUCCUGACUCCCAUCAAACAGGCAGUCGUGGAGCUGAGCUGCGAGAAGAAGCCCACUCUGCAGCUGGUGCUGCCCACCUACGUGCGCCUGGAGAAGCUCUUCACCACCAAGGCCAACGACGUCAGCGCUGUGAGCAAGCUCUGCCACUUCUUCCUGGAAGCCCUCAAGGAGAACUUCAAAGUGGAGCGGGCCCACAAGGUGGCCAUGAUCCUGGACCCGCAGCUGAAACUGAGGCCCGUUCCCUCGUACCAGCACGAGGAGAUCAUCGGCAAAGUGUGCGAGAUCAUGGCGGAGAUCCGGGACGCAGCGGGGGAGGAAGGCGACUCCGAGGCACCAGUCGGGAAGAAAGCCCGGCUUGCGAGCAAUAAUGUCAAAGCUCAGGGAGGCGACGAACAGCAGGUGAAGAAUGAAGUCUACCAGUAUCUGGCUGAGCCCCUGUUCCAUGCCACUCCGGAUCUCUUCCAGUACUGGUCCUCCGUCACCGAGAAGUAUCCCAAACUGGCCAGGCUGGCUCUGUGGCUCCUCUCGGUGCCUGCGGUGGGAGCCAGGAGUGAAUCCAUUAGCAUGUGUGAGCAAACGCUUUCUCUGAAGAAGAGAAGACAGGUGACCCCAGAAGAAAUGAAUAAACUUCUCUUUUUAAAGUCUAACAUGCCUUGAAAUGGAGAUGCAUUGGAAAUCAGAGAUCCAAAAUCCUUUUUUUUUAAUACAAAGCAAGGUGCUAAACCGAUAGGAGGCCAGGGACACAGAAAACCCCACAAUAAAGGAACAAGGGCCCCACACCUGGAAGUUCAACUUGUUCAACUUGUUUAUUUUUAUUUGGAUGUCGCAUAAUUAAAUGCAGUCUCACUCGGUAAAGUCCAA